AUGAUAGUUGUUGUCUCCUGUCAUUUUCGUGCUCUAUAUCCUCACCUUAACGACUUCAAGAUUCAACGAACCCCACCCCCCAAAACCCACACAGCACGACCCUCCUCUGAAACAGAGCUUUCCGUGAGGUCGAACACCGAAAAGCUGGAGCUGCCGUCGAUCUCCCAGGUUCACACUCGACUUCCCACUGAUAUACCCUGGUAUAAUCAUCACGCUGCAGAACGACCUCUGAUAGGCGGUGACAGAUUACCUGCCCUUUUCCUUCCUCACGCACAGCAAUCCUCCUCUUCAGGUCGAAUAGGCUCUCAAGACUCGUCGAUAUCUACGGUCUCAUCGACUGGCUCGAACAGCGCCAGCUCCGUGGCCAGCUACACGACGUAUUCUCAAGCCCCCACGGGCGAAGCCAAGAACCCUCCUCCUUCGUCCACUGACGGGGCUGGUGGGGUUCGUUCCCGAUAUUCCCUGGAGUCUACGAGCCAGCCGGAUUAUCUCGCCGGAGGAACUGUGAGUGAGGGAUAUAGCAUUACCCAAACAGCGCUUGGAAGUAUGAAUCAAACACAGUCUUACCUGGAUGUACAUACAUCACAUUUGUCAUCCGCACAGCCAUACUCAUCCCAUGGCACCCCCGCUUCGAGUAUUCCGCCUUACCAGUAUUCCCAGCCUCCAGUCCUGCAGUCUGGGUCGUCUUACAGUUCAAGUGGAGCCUCGUCGUACCCUUCAUAUGGAUAUCCUAAUGGCGUUACCUCUCCACAAUCCGCGACCCAGGCGGUCACAAAUGCCCUUUCCUCCCAUGUACCCGCUCAAAUACUUCCCUUGCCCGCAAUGACUGCGACAACUCCAAGCCCUCAUUCAUAUAUACCAAGUCAUGUUAAUCACCCCCAAUCAUACGUGCCACAUACAUUUGAUACCACAGGCCAGAUACCACCGCCUGGUGCCAAACCGAGGGUUACGGCUACGUUGUGGGAAGACGAGGGAAGCCUGUGUUUUCAGGUGGAAGCUAAGGGUGUUUGCGUUGCGCGAAGAGAAGAUAACCACAUGAUUAACGGAACAAAGUUACUCAAUGUUGCCGGCAUGACACGAGGACGACGGGAUGGUAUUUUGAAGAGUGAAAAAGUCCGCAAUGUAGUUAAAAUUGGGCCUAUGCAUCUCAAAGGCGUUUGGAUUCCGUUUGAACGAGCCCUAGAAUUUGCCAACAAAGAGAAGAUCACGGAGGAGCUUUAUCCAUUGUUUGUGCAUGAUAUCGGAGCGCUACUAUACCAUCCCACCAACCCAUCGAGUAGUAGAGGUGGUGCUCUUUCAACAAGGAACGAUCAGAGACGUUUUGAAGCAAGUCAGGCCUCUCGAUCGUCUCAAGGAGGGCAACCACCGCCUUUACAUCAUCAUCAUUCGAUGCAUAACCCUCUUACAUCCCACUUGUCCCAGCCUCCUCAUUCCAUGGGCCCUCAUUCUGGGCAUACGCGCCCAGGGUUUGAUCGUUCUCACACCUUUCCCACCCCGCCAACCAGCACAUCCAGGUUCACAAACUCUCUCGAUCGACACGGGUUUAACAAGUGCAAGAUCGAUGCCGACAACACCUGCCACAACACCCCCCGGAGCCAACCUGCAGAACAUGCAGCAGUCAUAUCAAAGCCAACCAAGCUAUGA